AUGGAUAGAGAGAUCUUGGAUCCUCGACAGGAAAGACCUCAACUGAUCAGAGAGUUAGGCCGUCAUAGAAACAAUUACCCUUUGUGUAUUGUCCUUCCUGCCAUUAAUGGCAACGCUGAAAUACUGCCUGGUUUCAUUCAAGUGCUAACCAAGUUCGGUGAUUUACCUGGAGAAAGUGCACACAAGCAUCUCGCUGAAUUUGAUCUAGUUUGCUCAACUCUACGCCCUCAUGGUUUUACUGAAAAUAACUUGAGGCUAUUGACUUUUUCUCAUACUUUGCAGGGUAGAGCGAGAGAUUGGCUUUUUGAUCUUCCUCCUGGUUCGAUUAGAACUUGGGGAGAUUUAGAAGAACAAUUCUUGCGAAAAUUCUUUCCUGAGUCCAGAGCUGCAAAUUUGAGAAUGGCCAUUAGCAGCAUUAAACAGAAAAAGGCGGAGAGUCUAGCCGAUUAUUGGGAGAGAUUCCAACAGCUGUGUCGCAAGUGUCCUGAUCAUGGAUUUUCUGACUACCAAUUGAAAAUUGUUGACGCUGCUUGUGGUGGAAGCUUAACCAAUAAAACUUUGGACGAAGCAAAGCAACUCAUCAUUGAUAUGGUUUCAAAUGGCCAACAAUAUGAGGAUGAGGAUGAUGAUGAUGAUCGUUAUAGGCCAGUUCAGAAAGCAGAAGAUUCUAGCGUGAACGAGAAAAUUGAUGCUAUCACCUCUUUAUUUAGAGGACUUGAUGAUAAUAAUGUUGAACAAGCGUGCAUGGGAUCCGCUGAUGAGCAAGAGAUGAAUGCACAAAGGCCAAGGCGAAACGACCCUUUUUCCAACACCUACAAUGCAGGGUGGAGAAACCAUCCUAAUUUUAGGUGGAGACAGUAG